ACGCCUCUGCCCAGCAUGGAGAGCAUGGAGAACAUGGAGCUGAAGCUGGAGCUGCGCCACUCCAUCAGCCGCAAGCGCAAGUGGGCGGAGUUCCCGCAGGUGGCGGCGCCCUCUCACGAGGACGCGCCCGUGCACAUCGACGUGGGCGGCGUCAUAUACACCUCCAGCCUCAAGACCCUCACCAAAUACCCGAAGUCCAAGCUGGCGAUGAUGUUCUCGGGCAAGAUCCCCAUCGUGGUGGACAAGCUGAAACAGCACUACUUCAUCGACCGCGACGGCGCCGAGUUCCGCCACAUCCUCAACUUCCUCAGGAACGACGCGCUGCUCGUGCCCGGCCACUACGACCACCUCGACCUGCUCAUAGCCGAGGCGCAGUUCUUUCAGUUAGAAGAUAUGGUCAACCAAUUAUUAAUUCUGAAAGAACGGCGGUCUUUUGAUAACUUUACGGCGACACCAAGUGAGGCAGUUCAAGGAUUUGAUUUAUUAGAUUAGUUCGUUUUGUAGGUA